CCUGAAGUACCCACAACAGCUUGUGACGUGCUGGAUAGCGAUAGCAGUGUCUGGAUGCUGCUUGUUCGAAGCCACUUUGGCUCUCCCUCUUCGCAUGUCCGCGUCCCCGCCCCCGCUCCGCGUAACGCUGGCUGGGGGCUUCUGGUGAGCCUUGCACUUUUGCUGGGCCUUGUGCUGUACUGGUACGGCACAGCCCUCCCGCAGGAAGGCAGUCAGCAACGGCCUAGUAACCACCACAACCGUCAGCGGCAACCGUACAACUACCACCUCUUGCCGUUGCAACAGCUGCUGAUCAGCCCCUUCUCCAGCAGCCACCAGCGCUACCUCCGCCAUACGGCAAGCCCACUGUCCGUGUGCCGCUCUUCCGUCAUGCCAAGCACAGCCGCCACCGCCGCCGGCAGCAGCAGCAGCAGCAGCGCGCCGCUGAAGGAGUACUACUCGCUAUGGGCAAUGCCCAAAGGCAAGUUGGGCGACCAGCUGCGGAGCGAGAUUGCCCACCUGGCCCAGCGGUACGGCGGACCCGCCUUCCCCCCCCACGUGACUGUGUUGGGGGACAUUGAGAAGUCCAGGGAGGAGGUCCAGGCGCUGGCCAAGGAGCUGGCGGCGCAAGUCAAGAAGUACCGGAUUAAUUUUGUGGAGGUCACCCAGGGGACGUUCUUCUAUCAGAACGUGUUCAUGCUGGUGGCGAAGGACGACGGGACUAUGGCCGCGGCGGCGGCGGCGCGCAGCGUGUACGGCAUGACCACGCCGCCGUACAUGCCGCACCUCUCGCUGCUGUACGCCGAUAUGGAUGACGCGGAGAAGGCCAAGGUCGUCGAGUACGAGACCGGCCGACUGUACGGCGAGUCCUCUGGGUACGACACGCUCCUGGUGGAGACGGGGUACGAGGUGGACAGUUUCACGUUGUGGUACAGCCCCAUAGAGGACCGGACCACCCGGUCCUGGUGCCUUGUGGAGGAGUACCCCCUGACCGGCUGA